AUGGCUCAAUGGUUAGGACGUCUGCCCCUGCCCGGUGAGCCGCGAGUUCGAAACUCGGGUGUGGCGGCAAUUUCUGCGGCUACACUAGAGUUGGCUGCACAUCUGACGCUACCAUCUGAGUCUAUCACUGUGAUUGGCCACAGCAGCCUUAACAGAUCAGACAAAUUUGAGGACCUGCUAAAUGGCAUAGCGCGAGAGGAUGUGGAGGUCUGUACAUGGGGCGAUCUUUCCUCAAGGAAACGCUUCUGUUUCACCUCACGUGUGACCGGCUUGGCUGCCCUUCCGCGGGCCGUGUAUAACUCCAUCGCCUUUAUCCCCAUUAGUGAAGCCACCAUCUAUGAGAUGUCCACCGUUAACCUGAUAGACCAGCAUGGCCACGCGCUGACGCCCACGAGCGACUCAGUCAGGGCACUCAUUCAAGAGAAGACUGAACCUCCUCCUCCUCCUUCACCUUCACCGCCUGCAGUCACAUCGGCCGAGGUGAACGACUCGAGGCCAUAUCCGUUUGUGACACUCCUCUACAUGAUCAUUCCAAGGAAUUUUACCGCUUAUCAUGGCAGUGGUCGUGAUCUGCCGGAUGACGAUCAGCUUCUACCCCAUGCUAAUAUCUGCACCCUGGCUUUGGAGGUUUCUCGGUUCAGUCGAUGGAUCCUCGAGUCGUCAGAAGCCUGCAGACCGAUCACGGUGCAUGGGGGCAUGCGAUAUUCCGCAAACGCCUCCUAUUACGCAGAGAAGUUGAAAGAGAUAAGAUGCCUGCACAACGGUGCCCUCAUCACUGUCAGUGAUUUUGUCCGUCUCCUCAAAGCCACUGCGGGCGACAACUCUGAUCUGGACAUUCAAACAGCUCUGACGGCUGCGGGAAACUGCUUCGCCAUCACAGUCCUCAUGCUGGGCGUUAUGCUCAUACGUCGCCUGUUCAGCGAACUGACGGAUGUGCGAAAUAAUAUCUGGCGCAUCACCGAGCUAGACAUUGUUCCCGCCUACGCCACUCAGACACGAUCUUCUAUCAGCUCAGCCAGUCAACUUCCCAGACUGCCCACUACCUGUGGCAGUGAUGGGACUGUCAGCGCGGGUACAUCUCCCCCGGCCUCAUUCUCGGCAACUGCGGAGACCUCUAAAGUGAUAUUCGGCAUCUACAAGUCCGUCAGUGUGACUCUGCAACCCACCCAACUCCAGCUCUCAAUCGCUUUCGACUACCGCACUCGCAAGAGCUUAGUAGAGCUGCGUAACUUGGUUCACCGCAAUAUCCAACGCUUCUACGGACUGGCAGAUCUUUCCGAGAAGCGAGACUUUCCGAGCGAAAACCAGCGCACACGUUUUGGCUUCUCUGGGGGAGAUCAGUUCUCCGAACGGCACAGCUUCGCCUUCGCCCGUGCCGAGGUCUCGGUGUACUACGCCGUGAUGGAACAGUGCUCCAAAGACAGUCUCUUCUUUUUCCUACACUGUUCUAGCCUGCCACUGCCGGAGGAGUUAAAGUUGCCGCUGGUGGUAUCUCUGGUCUCCGGGCUGGAGUACCUGCAUAAUAAGCGUAUUGUGCAUGGGAAGCUGAGUUCGCCGUGUUGUUACUUUGACCACAAUUUCACCAUUAAAAUUGGGGACUGGCAUUCGCUGGAUCGGUUGGAACAUCAGGGUUAUCUCCACGCUCACGACCUCUACAUGCCGUCUAGAGUUCGAGCCUACCUGCAGAAGAUGAGACUUAUUCACGAGCACAAAAUGAUGCACAGGUAUCUGGAGAACCUGGACAGUCAGUCGGUGAUGUUGUUCCGUUGGCGACCACCUGAAUGCAUUCUACGGGAGCUUCCUCACGUGCGAGCUGUACUAGAGAGGCAGAAGAUGGAACGGCCUAGAAAGAAGCCAGAUGACAGUGAGCUGGGGGAGGAAGAGGAGCAAGAGAGUGACCUGGAUACGGACGAAGAGAGGGCUGAAAGGGCGGCACUUUGCUCUGCAGAAAUUCCACUUCAACACGUUCUUUCCCCAGCCGUCGAUACUUACAGUCUGGGAAUCAUGAUGAACGAGAUUUGGGGCCGUAGUAUCCCCUUUUCAGAAAACUAUCCUCUAUUCAAAAACGAAGUGGACCUUUUGGCGGCAAUUUCGGACGGCAGCUUGGUACCUGAGCCUGAUGGAUCUAUGCCAGAUACGGUAAGAUAUGAUAUUAUCUUGCGGUCUGCUCACAGAAGCAACAUCGACGGGGAUUAA